AUGAAUCAAUUAUCGAUGCCUCUUUCGAUGCCUCGUUCCUUUAACAGCUUUUAUAAUCCAUCAUUAUACGCAUUACACGAUAAAAGACAAGUCACAACUACUACGUUAAAUUCUCCUUUAUCUGCCUUUCCAAGCUUUGAUUAUAGUAACGAUAAUUCAAAAUUUGUGAGAUAUGAAUCUAAUGAAUCUAGCGAUAUGGAUACCCUUAUUAGUAACAUGCAAGAUGAUCAUAGUUUUGGUAGUGUUGACGUUGAUAAUCGUGACGAAAAUUUCGAUGAGGGUAAUGGUAUCAUGAAGAUAGAACGCCACUUAAUUGAGGAUCACAAGAAAGACAAUAACAUAUGCGACAAGGUUGUUACAAAAACCAGCGAUGCAAAUGCGAAGAAAAUACGAAAAAAUAAAUUUCUUUGCAAUACGCCUGGUUGCCAGAAAGUAUUUCUCUCACAUCGAGGUCUUCAAGUGCAUAAAAAGGUACAUAAUGUCACAUGUAGUGAAAUAAACUGCGGAAAAAAAUUUUCAAAUGCGAGGGGCUUGCUAAAUCAUAUGAGGAUUCAUAGCGUGAGAAAAUCCAAUCCCGUUCAAAGAUCAUACAGAUGUAAUUGGCCAGGUUGUGAAGAUAGAUUUUCGAAGAAAUAUACUUUAAAAAUGCACUUGAGAGUACAUACUGGUGAAAGACCAUUCGAGUGUGAAUGGUCAGGUUGUCACUGGAGAUUCGCAAAGUUAUAUAAUUUGAAAUGUCACGAGAGAACCCAUACUGGAGAAAAACCUUUCAAAUGCACUUGGAACCUUUGUGAAAAGAUAUUUGCCCAACAGCUUACCUUAACUGAACAUUUAAGAGUUCAUAGGGGAGAAAAACCUUACGUUUGUAAUUGGUCAAAUUGCGGAAUGAAAUUUACACGUAAAUCUGGUUUAAAAGUCCACAAAAGGACUCACACUGGAGAAAGACCAUACAAAUGUGAUUGGGCGAAUUGUGAAAAAAAUUUUUCACACUUAUAUACCUUAAAAUGUCACAAGAGAAUUCACACUGGAGAUAAACCAUAUAAUUGUGAAUGGAAAGGCUGUGAUAGAAAAUUUUCCCAUAAAAGCAACUGUAAACAACACUUGAGAUUUCAUACUGGAGAAAGACCAUAUAAAUGCACUAAACGGGGAUGUGAGAGAAGAUUCGCUCGAGCUUAUGCAUGUAGAAAACAUGUAAUGAAUUACCAUGGUAAUCCAUACAACGUCGCAUCGAAAAAUAGAAUCAUUUUUCGUCAUAAAUGA